AUGCCAAAGUACGAGGGCGGUUCAAAUAUGAUCGAGACAAACGCUGUAGAUGGCGCGCCUGUAUGUUUUGAAGGUCGCGGCUUGAGUAUGUGAUAGCUGGGUCCCUUACGAACAGUGUGGCAUAGUUUUCGUCGCGAACGCACGUUUCACGCGCGUGAUACGACCAUGAGUGAACGUCAAGUGCCGACCGCCGUUGCGCAACGUAUUGUCAUUCGUUUUUUGGUGUGGGAAGGCGUUAAAAACACGGAAAUUCUUCGGCGAUGGCGAAAUCAGUUCGGUAGUGAGUGCCUGAGUAGGUCUGCUGUGUUUAAAUGGGCCAAAGCGUUCAAAGAUGGCCGCGAAACCGUCGAGAAUGAGCCGCAUGAUCGUCGACCGCGAACCGGCAUCACACCAGACAACAUUCGCCGCGUAGAACAACUCAUUUUGGAGGACCGUAGGAUGAAUGUUCGAAACAUUUCGGCUGAACUCGGCAUUAGUAUUGGUAGUGUAGAGUCUAUCAUCCACGAACACCUUCAAUAUCGCAAAAUAACGGCGCGAUGGGUUCCCAAACUCCAGGAUAACGCGCGCCCUCAUACCGCGCGUCUCACGCUCGAUACAAUAUCAGAAUUGGGGUGGGAG